AAAGGUUAGUCUUGGACACUUGCCUUGCCUUAGAACCUAUUAAGUCAAGAGAGAUAGAGAUAAAGAAAAAGAGAAGAGUUCACUCACUGAGAGGAGAGGAAGACCUAUUUUUCCUUGAGAGAAAGGGCUAAGCUAGAAAGUUAGAAAACAAGUGUAUAUAGUCGGUGACAUAAAGCAAAAGGAACAAGGGGACAUGGGAAGACCACCUUGUUGUGACAAAGAAGGUGUCAAGAAAGGGCCUUGGACUCCUGAAGAAGAUAUCAUUCUGGUCACUUAUAUUCAGGAACAUGGUCCUGGCAAUUGGAGGUCUGUUCCUACCAAAACAGGGUUGUCAAGAUGCAGCAAGAGUUGCAGGCUUAGAUGGACAAAUUACCUGAGGCCAGGAAUCAAAAGGGGUAACUUCACAGAACAAGAGGAGAAGAUGAUAAUCCACCUUCAAGAUCUUCUAGGAAACAGAUGGGCUGCAAUAGCUUCAUACCUUCCACAAAGAACAGAUAAUGACAUAAAAAACUAUUGGAACACCCAUUUGAAAAAGAAGCUGAAAAAAUUGCAAGCAGGUUCUGAAGGAAACUUGGGAGAAGGGUUUUCAGCAUCAUCACCACAAAGGAUUUCAAGAGGCCAGUGGGAAAGGAGGCUCCAAACUGACAUCCAAAUGGCCAAGAUAGCUCUCAGUGAAGCUCUUUCACCACAGAAACCAUCUUCAUCUAAUAAUAACAACAACCCUUCAAAUAGUAGCAGCACUUUGUCCUCCACAAAACCCACCCAAUCUCCAUCAUGCUACGCUUCAAGCGCCGACAACAUAGCGCGUUUGUUGAAAGGGUGGAUGAAGAAUCCACCAAAGAAAAGGUCCUCAAGGACUAACUCAGUUGCCACACAAAACUCCUUCAAUUACAACUUGAAUGCUGCAGGGACUGACACUGCUUCUUCUAGUGGAGCAAAAGGAAUUAGCAGUACUAGUGCUGAAUUGUCUGAAACAUUUGAGUCCUUGUUUGGUUUUGAGUCUUUGGAGUCUCCAAAUUCUGAUCAGUUUUCUCCAUCUAAUUUGUCACCUGAAAGAAAGCCAGAUGUUAAUGUUAUUGGUCCAGAAAUGCCCUUGUCUUUGCUAGAGAAGUGGCUUCUUGAUGAGUGCAGUGUUAAUCCAGAGAAAAUCUUAGGCUUUGGUGAUGAUGAUAAGAUUUUUUAGAUUGGAACUUUUGCAAUUUUUCUUUCAUAAGUUCAAGGAAAAGGUUCAUAGACAAGUUUUCAAAUGUAUUGGUGCUAGUAUAGGUGUGUAUAUUUUUCACUAUUAAUCAACAUAAUUAUCACACUAUUAGAGAUAUAUACUGAGUACCUUGCUGCAGGAAAAGCUUGCUUAUGUAAAUUUCCUACGAUGAGAUCUUUCGUUUUGAAUUGAUUUUUUCAUUCUUCUUCCUAGUAUAGUGAUUGAUGUUCCGGUUGCUUAACAAAUUUGUUUGUU